ACAAGUGUGGGCGAGAGUCGUCCUCCCUGAUCCGAUCCCUCCCCCCAGUCGAUGUGAGAUCUACACGGAUAUAGCCUGAUCCAGGAAGAGCGGCUGCAGUAGCAGACCAGGGGGUGAGAGAGACCGGGAGCGAGAGGAAGCAGUGGCGUGCGGCGGUAGCCAUUAAGCAGAGGGGGAGAAAAUAUCGAUCAUUGAUUGGAUUUUCCUGUGGGCGAUCUUUUCCUCUACGGAUGGAUUCGCUGUCCUCCACCCGUAUAUAUACACCGCCAAUGGCCACGCCGCCAGCGACCGCCAAGUGGUCGCGGACCGCAGCGGUGCCUUGGACGCGCCUCCUCUUCUCACCCUCGACAGCUACUCCUCCGCUCCUCCUCCUUGGGCGCACGUGCCGCCGGUUGUUCGGGAUGGGGUCGACCUCCCGCCGGAGCGUAGCGCCCUUCGACCACCUCUCCCACGUGGAGUCCACGUCGCAGCUACCUUCCGGCGCCGGGCGGAUCUCCCGCCCCAACGCCGUCGUCCUUGGGGAGGCCAUCGCCGCCGAGGAGGUCGACCUCGUCGUCCCCUCCCACGACUUCUCCCGCGACGCCCUAGUCUCCUCCCCGGAACAGUACCAGCAAAUGUAUAAGCGAUCGAUAGAGGAUCCCGCGGGAUUUUGGUCAGAGAUCGCAUCCGAGUUUUACUGGAAGGAGAGGUGGGGUCCGGAGGUCUGCAGCGAGAAUAUUGACGUGAGGAAAGGGACUGUUAAGAUCGAGUGGUUCAAAGGAGGUGUUACAAACAUCUGUUACAAUGCCUUGGAUCGGAACAUAGAGGCCGGCAAUGGAGAUAAGGUAGCUCUGUAUUGGGAAGGCAAUGAGCCAGCCCAAGAUGGGCAGCUGACAUAUGCCCAGCUGUUGGAGAAGGUUUGCCAGCUUGCCAAUUACUUGAAACAUGUUGGGGUCGGUAAAGGGGACGCAGUGGUCAUUUACCUGCCCAUGUUGAUGGAGUUGCCAAUUGCAAUGUUGGCAUGUGCUCGCAUUGGUGCUGUUCACUCGGUUGUGUUUGCUGGCUUCUCGGCAGAAUCUCUUUCACAGAGGAUUAUUGACUGCAAACCAAAAGUCAUAAUAAGCUGCAAUGCGGUGCGUAGAGGAGCCAAAACCAUCCAUCUCAAAGAGAUAGUUGACAAUGCUUUGGUUGAGUCUACCGAAAAUGGAGUUCCUGUGGACUUGCGCUUGAUUUAUGAAAACAAGUCUGCCAUGGAUAGAGAAACGACAAAAUGGCUGGAAGGAAGAGACAUCUGGUGGCAGGAUGUUGUUCCGCAAUAUCCAACCAAGUGUUCAGUGGAAUGGGUUGAUGCAGAAGAUCCACUGUUUCUCUUGUACACAAGUGGCAGCACUGGAAAGCCGAAGGGUGUAUUGCACACAACUGGGGGAUAUAUGGUAUACACUGCAACAACAUUUAAGUAUGCAUUUGACUAUAAGCCAUCAGAUGUAUACUGGUGCACUGCUGACUGUGGCUGGAUCACCGGACACAGCUAUGUUACAUAUGGUCCUCUUCUGAACGGAGCUACUGUUUUGGUUUUCGAAGGGGCUCCAAGUUACCCUGAUGCUGGACGUUGUUGGGAUAUUGUGGAUAAGUACAAGGUGACAAUAUUUUACACAGCACCAACCCUGGUCCGUGCCCUCAUGCGUGAUGGUGAUGUGUAUGUUACUCGCUACUCUCGUAAAUCUCUACGUGUUCUAGGAAGCGUGGGGGAGCCCAUUAACCCCAGUGCAUGGAGAUGGUUUUACAAUGUUGUCGGGGAUUCACGAUGCCCUAUAUCAGAUACCUGGUGGCAAACCGAGACCGGUGGUUUCAUGAUUACACCUAUACCUGGUGCCUGGCCACAGAAACCUGGUUCUGCCACAUUUCCUUUCUUUGGCAUUGAGCCUGUCAUAGUCGAUGAGAAAGGAAACGAGCUAGAAGGUGAAUGCAGCGGGUAUCUUUGCAUUAAGAAGUCAUGGCCAGGGGCAUUUCGAUCACUUUAUGGUGAUCAUGAAAGAUAUGAGACCACAUAUUUUAAACCAUUCACUGGUUUUUACUUCACAGGUGAUGGUUGCAGCAGGGACAAGGAUGGCUACCACUGGCUCACUGGAAGAGUUGAUGAUGUUAUCAAUGUCAGUGGGCACCGCAUUGGAACUGCGGAGGUAGAAUCUGCCCUGGUGUCUCACCCCCAAUGUGCAGAGGCUGCUGUCGUUGGUGUUGACCAUGAGGUCAAAGGGCAAAGCAUAUAUGCUUUUGUCACUUUAGUGGAUGGCGUUCCUUACAGCAAUGAAGUACGGAAAAGCCUCAUUUUGGCCGUCAGAAGCCAGAUUGGCGCCUUUGCUGCCCCAGACAAAAUCCACUGGGCACCGGGACUACCAAAGACCAGGAGCGGAAAGAUCAUGAGAAGGAUAUUGCGGAAAAUUGCUUCGCGGCAGCUAGAUGAGCUUGGGGAUACAAGUACACUUGCAGACCCAAGUGUUGUGGACCAGCUAAUUGAGGUCAGCGAUCACUGAUAGGAUAGUGAGAGAUUCAUCUUUUUUCCCCUCACAUCGCGGUCACCACAUUCUCUCAUUGCAACUGCAAAGACCAAAUAACGAGAUCUUAGAUGAUACAUGCAGGAUAAAAGUAGAUGAAAGCAUUGGUAAAGGUUAUUGUUGUUGAGGGACUUCAGAGACUUGUUGCUACACUUUGUUGAUGAAACACCACAUAAAUAAGAAAUGAUUGGAUACAUUGGGCUAUA